GGAAGUGGACGUGAAAUAGCAUCUUUUUUUCACUUCCGGACGGUUGUUUAGCUACUUUUGCUUUCGGUUACGUUGAACAUCCGUUCAAAGAACGUGUUUAGAUCGUUUUGUUCACUGGCAUGGACAGCGCACAAGAAAAUGGCUUCUCACCAAAUAAAAGGUCAAAGUUGACAACAGAUCUAGACGAGUUUGACAGCCUCUUUCCUGAACUAGUGAAUAAUUUACUGCAAUCUGGGCUUAAAGAUCCAGAAAUAUCAGCUGCUUGUGAAUGGUUUAAAGAGGUUCUGCAAUACAAUGUUCCACAUGGAAAGAAGAACAGAGGGAUGUUUGUGGUAAUGGCAUACAAGUUUUUGGUGCCAAAACCAACUGAAGAAAACAUACAGUUAGCAAGAGUACUUGGCUGGUGUAUUGAAAUGUUACAAGCCUUUUUUCUUGUUGCUGACGACAUCAUGGACCAGUCACUGACAAGGAGGGGUAAACCUUGCUGGUUUAGAAAGGAAAACGUUGGACUGGUAGCAGUGAAUGAUGCUGUCUAUCUAGAGUCAUGUAUUUAUCAGCUUCUUAAAUGCUACAUCCGAGACCAGCCUUACUAUGUUAACAUUCUGGAGCUUUUUCAUGAGAUUACUCACUGCACCAUCACUGGCCAGUGCCUUGACAUGACUGUAUCUCCACCGUCUGGCACAGUGGACUUCCAGCAGUAUACCAUGGAGAAAUAUGAUGCCAUUGUGAAGUGGAAAACAGCUUUCUACUCAUUUUGCCUGCCUGUCACUGUGGCCAUGUUUAUGGCAGGAAUAGACGACCAGGAGAUGCAUCAAAAGGCCAAAGCUAUACUUCUCAAAAUGGGCCAUUAUUUCCAAGUACAGGACGACUACCUCGAUUGCUAUGGCGAUCCCGAGGUCACAGGAAAGAUUGGUACAGACAUCCAGGACAACAAGUGUAGCUGGCUUGUGAUUACUGCUAUACAACGGGCCUCAUCAGAGCAGCUGGCUGUUUUGAAGGAAAACUAUGGCCAAAGUGACAAAACUAAAGUAAAAAGAGUGAAAGAACUGUUCGAUGAUUUAGACCUUGCUCAAGCUUUUGACGACUUUGAGGAAACAAGUUUUUCAGAGAUACAGACUUUAAUUGAGACAUCGAGUGGUGGAUUGCCCCAAGAAAUGUUUCAGGCGCUUGUGCAAAAGAUAUACAAGAGGAACAAAUAGGGGUUAAAUACGAGUUAUUUAUUUGAUACUUGGUAAAACUUGAAGUCUUUUCAUGCAAAUAAGUGUGUAGUAAAUUAUUCGUGUCUGAAUAACAGGUUUGAAGUAAAUAAGUAAUGUGAGGUGAAUAAUACAAAAUAAGAUCGACAAUGCACAAUUAUAUAGAACAUUACUGUUUUAUAAAUACAUUUUUGUAAAUUUUUCUUACACAUAGGUCUUUUUUGGGGUUGGUGAAUACAGGCCAGAUUUGUUUUGUUUUUUUUAGGUUUUAUAUAAAAGGUACAAUACGUACACAAUAAGGUUAAUUUAUUGGAUGUUUUACAUAGUUCCAUAUAAACAUGAAAUGUUUGACAAAGCCAAUUGUAACCAUGGAAUGCAUGUGUCAGUAUUAAAAGUAGUAUGUUGGUGUUAAAACCCUUGCUGGAGCUUAAUUUAUUUUUGUAUUCAAGGGCAUCUCAAAUUUUUGGCAAGUUUUGUUUGAAUAGGUUACUUCCAUUUGCAUAGAGAAGUAUGCUUGUAAAGGAUAACAAAUGCUAUUGAACUAUCAAGUUGCUCUUGAACAUAUGUACAAUUUAUGUGAACAAGCGAUUGACCGUUGUAUUCUCUUGGAUACCUAACUUGCAUUUAUUAAUUAAAUGAACAAUUUAUCCAAGCAUGCGCCUUUUAAACCUUGUUAUUCUAUUGUUUAUUCUGGUAACUAAGGCUUACCAAGCGGCCAUAUAAAUGCUUCACUAAAAUUCAGAGUUUCCUCAUAUUUUGCAGAGGCAUCAGUUUAGCAUUUGCGCACAGAGGAAUGGACCAUAGAAAAAACUUGUCAUACAUUUACUAUUGUUCCUGUUUCAUCAUCACGAACAUCUCAUAUUCCUUAUUAUUUCAUGCACAUCUUUAGAUGUGUUGUCCAUAUUUGUUUUAUAAAGAUUUUUAAACUCUGCAGCUGUAUUUUAUGUCACAGAUUAAAAAAUCUCUACACUUC